GCCCGCUCCGUUCUUGGUGUGUCUCCUGAAGGGAUGGAGAACUCGUCGGUGGCGUCGGCCUCCUCGGAGGCAGGGAGCAGCCGCUCCCAGGAGAUCGAGGAGCUGGAGCGCUUCAUCGACAGCUACGUCCUGGAGUACCAGGUCCAGGGGCUGCUGACGGACAAAACGGAGGGGGAUGGCGAGAGCGAGAAGACACAGUCCCACGUCUCACAGUGGACGGCGGAUUGUAGCGAGCAGCUCGAUGGCAGCUGUUCCCCAUCCCGAGGGAAGGGCUCGUCGUCUCACGAACACAACCAGGAAGAGUGGGAUCACAGCAGCAGUGGGAGCACAGGAUCCCAGCCGGGGUCGGGCUCCAGGCAGGGGUCUGGAUCCAGGUCUGGCAGCCACAGGAGAAGCAGCCAGUUCAGGCAAUCGACCAAGAAUGGCAACAAGGAGAGCAACCUUGACAUGCUGGGCACAGACAUCUGGGCUGCCAACACCUUUGACUCCUUCAGUGGCGCGACGUGGGAUUUGCAGCCUGAAAAACUAGAUUUCACCCAAUUUCACAGGAAGCUGAGAAACACCUCCAAACAUCCGUUGCCUCACAUAGACAGAGAAGGGCUUGGAAAAGGGAAAUACGAGGAUGGUGACAGCAUCAACUUGAACGACAUAGAGAAAGUGCUCCCAGUGUGGCAGGGUUACCAUCCGUUGCCUCAUGAAGCUGAAAUCGCACACACCAAAAAGCUGUUCAGAAGGAGGAGAAACGACCGGAGGCGACAGCAGAGACUUCCCAGUGGGAACAAGUCUCAGCAGCACGCGGAUCAUCAGCAAGGUGGCACCAAACAUAACAGGGACCACCAGAAAGUCUACCAAGGAGGCCAGGCCCCUCACUCCUCAGGCAGGACGGGCCACCACGGCUACAGCCAGAACCGGAGAUGGCACCACAACCAGAAGCACUCGCCCAACGACAAAGAAACGCACAGAAACGCCAAAGAGACUGAGAAUCUGAAAAUCGAGGACACCUCCGCCUGCACGGUGCACAUCCCCACGGAGGCACCCCGAGGCCCAGAGGCUGUGGAGAAGCAGCCUCAGCAGUACACCCCGGAGUCAGAGACCAAGCGGAAGGACAGUAUUCACGAGCGCAUCGGGGAAAGGCCCAAGAUCAAUCUGCUUCAGUCGUCCAAAGACAGGCUGCGGAGGAGACUAAAAGAAAAGACGCCUUGUCUUUCCCUUUUCACGGACCAGGACGAAGUUACGGUGGAAACCACCGACCCUGAAAAGAAUAAAAUGGACAAACUAAUUGAAAUUCUCAACAGCAUGAGGAACAACAGCAGUGAUGUUGACUCCAAGCUCACCACAUUCAUGGAGGAGGCCCAGAACUCCACCAACUCUGAGGAGAUGCUGGGCGAGAUAGUCAAGACCAUCUACCAGAAAGCGGUGACGGACCGCAGCUUUGCUUCCACAGCAGCCAAGCUGUGUGACAAAAUGGCCCUUUUCAUGGUGGAAGGAACCAAGUUCCGGAGUCUGCUCCUCAAUAUGUUGCAGAAGGAUUUCACCAUGCGGGAGGAGCUGCAGCAGCGGGACGUGGAGCGCUGGCUGGGCUUCAUCACCUUCCUCUGCGAAGUCUUCGGGACCAUGAGGAGCAGCACUGGAGAGCCCUUUCGAGUCCUGGUCUGCCCCAUCUAUACCUGCCUCAGGGAGUUGUUGCAAUCUCAGGAUGUGAAGGAGGAUGCUGUGCUCUGCUGCUCCAUGGAGCUGCAGAGCACUGGCCGGCUGCUGGAGGAGCAGCUGCCCGAGAUGAUGACGGAGCUGUUGGCGAUUGCACGUGACAAGAUGCUGUGCCCCUCCGAGUCCAUGCUGACGAGGUCCCUGCUGCUGGAGGUCAUCGAGCUGCACGCCAACAACUGGAACCCCCUGACACCCACUAUCACGCAGUACUACAACAAGACCAUCCAAAAACUGACGGCUUGAGGGGCAGGGUGAGGUGGGGUGGGAAGGGACGAGGAGAAGAUACGCGCCUCGAUGGGAUCCGGCAAGAGCUUUUCCGAUUUAAACCCCUCCAGCAGACCAAACCCCAGCAUGCUUGAGAAUAUGUUCGUGGGGUGGGGAGGGAGAAGCAUGUUUCUUUUUCCGCCGCACCGCCAAGUGCCACCCCUCCUCCCCGCCGUGGUUUUGUUUUAGGGGUUUCUUUUCUGAACUCAUUGCUCAAGCGGCAGCAGCGCAUCCCGCCGGGUUAUUGUUUGGCUUUCGAAAGAAGACACAGAAUUUGGAAAAGGAAAAAAAAAAAAAUAUAAUCCAAGUGGGGGCUGGCAUUGUUUUCACGCCGUCCUCCUGCCUUGCCCUGGCCAACUGGCGGGAGACAGCAAGCAGCAGAUGUCUCGGGAGGACAAAGCCAGACACACACUACACCAGACGCUCAUAAUUGAUGGCUUUUGUCGAGCGGGGCUUGCGUUAGGUUCCCCCCCUCCUUCUCUUGUUUUCGACUUUCUGUGUGUCCCCCCACCUACCCGCCACCCCUUCGAGAGCAGAUCGGAGAGCGGGACGACUUUCUUAUUUGCACUGGCUUUUCUUUUUCUCGAGCAUUUGCAAUUUCUUCUUAUUUUAUUGUGUCGUCGAACGGACAAUUGCGAGCAGCUCGGAGGCGCGUAGAGCAAUGCCUUCCCACAAGCUGGCUAAUGGUUUAUGUGAAGAUGCUGAAGCAGAAGGAGUGUUUUAAAUGAGUCCAAAAGCCACUGCAGAAGUUACAUAGCCACUGUCAUCUUGCCAGUAACCUCUUUGGUGGAUUGAGAAAUGUGUUCUCUGAGCUGGGGGCUCUAAAAAAAGGGGAUUCUGCGGCUCUUGCUGUUCAAGUUGCCGUUAUUCCUCAGCCACUAUAACCCUUUUUUUUUUGUAAUACUUUUUUUUUGUUUCCAUUGAAGGAGUGCUUUAUUGUAAUUACUGUCACGGUUGUAAUUAUGCAUUUAAAUCCAGGCCUGUUAUAGUUGGGCCUAAUAAUGUACAGGACGAGGGAGAAAUGAAGGUUUGAUGUUCUUCUUUGGAGACUGGUCAAAGAGAAGACAGACAAUGUAUGGCAAAACAAAAGAGUGAAAAAAGAAGACGAAAAAAAUAGAUAAAGCCAAAAAUAGAGGUUUUGAGCCUGGCUUCUAACUAGCUGAAUAUGCUAUCCAGUGUUUCUAGGUGUGCAGUGUGCAGGAGAAGCUGUGUCCCGUGGUCGGUGUAAGUGGCACCAUGUCAUUGAGGGAUGGGUGACUGAUUUUCAGAGAGGCAGAGUUUUCUUGGGGAUCCCCAGGUUGCUCCAGGAUCCCCUUGUUGCUCCGUGCUGGAGCAUCCCAAGGGAGAGGGUGGCUGCAGGGAACAAUGUUGAGAUGCCACCUGGGUGAGGAAAUGCCCAGAGGGUGAGGAGGCUGGUCCGGAGGAACACCACGCCGUUGCAUCGCUCCCCAAAUUGUGAAGAAGAUUUGAUCAUCUCCUUAUUUGUUCAUCUGUCAACACUUUGACUUACUAAAUCCCUCCAGGUGCUUAUUUUAGUGAAGCCUAAUGAGGGUGCAAGCUGCCCCAUCCCAUCUGCACAGCAGAUGAGGAGCCAAGGAAGGCACGAUGCCGGCAGCCCAUCCUGGUUUUUCCCAUUAUUCAAUUUACUUUCCUUUACUGUGAUAAGAGAAUUCAUGCUGCGAUGACGGCGCACUUGGACCCCGGACCAGGCAGGCUGGGUCUGAACACAGCAGCUCAAACCCAUUUUUCCGAGGAAGAUGUUGAAUUUCUGGUGGCUUGUAGAGAAGACAGAUUUCACCCCGACCUCUUUGGAUGUGCAGUAUGUUCUUGGGUGCCUUAUGAAUGUGUUGGUCUGUACGUGAUGGGGAGGAAGCUUUUGCUGCAAAAUUUAAAGGGCAGAAGGUUUCAGCAGAAAAUGCAUUGCAAGAGGUGGGAGUCGUGAUGCUUGAGUUCAAAAUUAUUUGGAUUCUCAUCUGAUUGUCUGCUGUGCUUAUUCCGCACAUGGAGCAAGAGGAGCAAGCUGAAAACGGGAGCUUCAGUUUUCCUGUCUGCUCAGAAAGCAGCAAAAUGAUUUCUGAGUGCACCGGAAGUGUCUGGAAAAAUGAAUUUUUACUUCGUGGAUUUGAGCCCAGGAACUUUGCAUGGUGACAACGCCUUGCGUUGGGUCAGCUUCAUUAGUAGCAAUGGGGUUUGAGAGUAUUAAUGAGCAGAUGAACUUCAUUAAGGCAGCAAAGCCCAUCAGUAUUACAAGGCUCAGGGUUGUGCCCAUUGCUCUUUGUUUUUUCCUGCUCCCUGAGUUCUCAGGGAGUGGAGUAGAAGGGGAUAUAACACCCAUCGCAGUGCGCUCAGGCACAGCAUCAGUCUUCUGGGAGAAGACCUGAAAACCAGUUUUGUCUUCAUUUUUUUUUUAUUUUUUACAGAGCAGAAAAGUCCUAUAACAGGGACGCAGCCUGAUGGGUCGGGGUGCCAGGGAUCCUGCCAGCAGUGAUCCAGACCACCACUCCGGCCCCUGCAGCUUCUCACAUCCCCCAGAAUUUUUUCUUGGGAUGUAGUGAAAGAAAAAAAAAAAAAAAAUCCAGAGACUUGGGGAUUUUGUUUCUAAAAACUUGAAUUUUCAUCAGUGCAUCAGGAGGCAUUCAGAGUCAAAGUGUAAGCCACAAGGCAGUAUUUCUGCUAAAGCGUUUCCCUACCCCUGCCUGCUGUGAGGGUUUAUUCAAUUUUCCCAUUGCAGGGCAAUCCUGCAACCCCCACUGGCCAGGCUUGGCCCAUAACUUUCCCUUCCAACACUGGGAUUUUUCCCAACGAAGAACUUUUAUGUGGAGUCUGUUUGGUUUUGGUGUCUUGCCAUUUAUCUCUGCUAUUAACAUGGGUUCGUCCAGCCAUUGACUGCUUUGGUACAUCAGUCACUCUGUUGAUAUAUGAGAAUAAAAGUGUUGACCAAAAAUGUUUUUUUUUUCCCCAAAAUUACAUGCUGCCAAUAGUAUCUUUCUGAAGGCCAUCUGUAGGAAGCCGGCAGGCACGUGGCAUCAUGCACCAGGGUACCGUGUUGGGAGAAGAGGCACCAGGAGGACAUUUGAUGAGAAGCAACGCUGGGGAAUUUUUUUGGGAUGCCUGGUGAGCACCUGGGGAUCCUAGAGUGUUUUCUUCUCUUUUUUUUUCUCCCUUAUUUGUCUUUGUGUAGAAAUGGUCGCCAAAGAGCGUAAUUCUCUCCAAUGUGUGUUUUUAGGUGCAAAGCCACCAGCUACGUCUCCCCAGAUUAGCCAGAUUCCAUCUUUGCUGCUCAGUAAAAAUCAUCUGUGUGGGGUUUUGCUAUGUUGUCCCCAUGUGGCUACAUCAGCAAAGGGGGAAAAUAACCUCUUCGGGCCAAAUAUGUGUGGGGCCAAACCUCGGGCUGGUGCAAGAGCGAGGGGCUGAAGCCUCUGCGAGGAGUGAUGCUCCACACCAUGGCCAUGCCCCUUUCCCUCCGAUGCAGGGCAGGUUUUCUGACUCCCUGCCAGAUUCCCCAGCAUCUAAUUCACCUCAUUCCUGGUGAAAUUCUUUCCCAAACUGACGGUUUUUGCUACCCGCAAAGUGACUUGCUUGGUUUCCCCAUGAGGGAUUUGUUUGGAGAAGUCUCAUGCAGAGGAAGGUGAAACAGAAGUGGGGGAAAAGAAAGGAAAAGUAAGUGAUUUGCUUGGUUCCCCCCUUCCCUUGAAGGAGAUUAAUUAGUAUCUAUUCUUAGCAUGAUUGAUGGCUUUGAAAGAAAACUUGUCAGAAUAACUUAUGAUUUAUUUUCAUGCUUAUUUUUAUAACAUCCCUCACUUGGAAAUCACUCAAAAUCUUAAAUAUGAUUUUUUUUUUUUUUUAUUUCCCUGCUGGGUACUUUAUGGCUUUACACUAAUUUUACUCUUCUUGGCGUUAGCUAUUAGACAGUCACAGUGAUAUUUUCAGUAUUCUUUCAGGAGAAAUUAUACUAAGGGUUGCAAAGUCCACUGUCAAUAGCCAGGGGAGCUGUGGUGUCCUGCAGAACACAGAGUUAACGCUAGCAAUUUUUUUUUUUAAUGUAUUUAUUUGCAUUUGAAAAAGCAACAUUUUUAAUUUAAUCAUAUUUGUUAAACUAAGCGCUUUAAGAAAAAAUUUUAAAAAAAACUUUAAAAAAAAGCAAAAAGGUUUUGGGGAGAAUAAAGACUAGAUAUUCAUACUAGAGAAAUCACAAACUCAUCGUUGUCAGCAUUUCAGAGACUGUUAAAACAAGGGAGCUAAUAACUCUUUGUGGCAAUUCAGUCUUUGUUUAUAGAACAUCCAGACCCACUGUAUGCUAUAAAAUGCAUCAUCUGAGUAAUAAAUGUUUUAAGCUUGA